UGCUGCAAGCCGAGAUCCGCGAUAGCGAGGUUUAUCUGCGAGAUUCUCCGCGAGUCCAUCAUUGUAACUUGUGAAAACUAUUUGUACGGCUUCUAGGCCUACGUAGGCGACGCCGAAACUCACUCCCACGGACUCGGGAGGGUCCAAUAUCGAAAGGCGCAGUAUGUCUGCCACUACGAACAGCGCAAGGUUUGAGGAUGAGAUGAACAACAUCCCGCUCGCCGACGAAGAUGCGCAAGAUGAAAGCGACACAUCUGUUUCAGCUGGCAGUGCAAUAGGAACUCAGAGCAUAGAGUCUAUCCCGUCCACGUACACCAAUGGAAGCAGCAGUCCAGCACUGACCUCACUGGAUCCUGACAUGAGCCCUGACGAAGCUGAAGAAAAAGCCAGGCUGAUUUCACAAGUACUCGAACUACAAAAUACACUUGAUGACCUCUCCCAGCGUGUGGAUAGCGUGAAGGAGGAGAACCUGAAGCUCAAGUCUGAGAACCAAGUGUUGGGGCAAUACAUUGAGAAUCUCAUGUCUGCCUCCAGCGUGUUCCAGUCCACUUCGCCAAAGACCAAGAAGAAGUGAACGUAGUUUUCAAAGGCUGGCUGCGUAUGCUUCAGAAGAGAAGCCACUGCUGCUGCUGCUUUAAGACACACGAAAGGGGAUACAACCAGCACACUCGAGAACCACUGCUACCUUUUGCAGCAUGGCCAUUAGAAGUAUGCUUUGGUGUUGACAUGUUGAGGCCCAGCUAUCUCUUGUCAUAACGCCAUCAAUUGCUAUGUCUUGCGAGUACAUAUUACAUCGGCAUUAACAUUUCAGCAGGGUGCAUAAUGGCACACAAAUAACUAUCAGAUUGAACUAAUGAAACAAAUAUUAAGCUGUUUGAUUAUCUCUUUGAAUCAGGUAUGAUGCAUUAAUUGACAGAAAAAUUUUCACAUUAUUUUUUAAGUAUGUUAUCUUGUCAACUGCACAUGAUGAAACUCCUAAUUGAAACGAAAAAAAAAAAGGGGGGUUUUGUCCUUGUCCAGUGGAUGCCAUGCUCUGUUGCUGAACAGCGGAAAUUCUAAAGCUAAACACAGCUAUGCAAAGUUGAAUGUCAGCUGCAUAUGCUAUUUGGCCGUAAAUAGUUUAAGAAUCUGCUGCUAGAUGCAAAUCCUUUGUCUUCUAAUCAGAGAAAACAUACACUUCAUUUGCAACAAAAUUUACGCAACAGUGGCACCAUCCGCUGCAACUCCUUUAGCUGCACUUGACAGGAUUUCAGGCAGUAUGCAUUUCUCAUUUUGUUGUAAAAACAAGCAAGGCUGGCUUUCUAAAUUUUUGUAAUAAAUGCUGACAUAGUUGGGAGUGUGAAGGUUCAGUGAAUAGCUUAGUUUUAAUUGUUCCUAAAGUUCCCUUCAUGCUUUUAAUAAGACAAACUUCAUUAUCUGCAUUGUUAUCACACAUAUUAUAAAGCUAUGAAACUAGGAUUUCAAAAAUGUUUGGUUCAGUCAUGACAUGGAAUGUACAUUGAUCACAAACUAUUUGGGAGAUAUUCUCUUUUAUACGUAUUUUAACUUCUGGCACUAUUCCAUUCAGUUUCAGAAACCACUAUUUGCCCACCUUCUAGUGUCUGGCAACUUUUGUGUGCAGCAAGAAAUGCUUUCUUUCAUUAGCUUUCCCUCUCUAAAAACUACUCCGCUGAAGUCGCCUAGUGGCUAAAGUACUCGGCUGCUGACCCAUAGGUCAGGGGAUCAAACCCCGGCUACGGCUGCUGCAUUUCGAUGGAAGCAAAGAUGCCGUAGGCCCGUGUGCUCUAAUUUGGGUGCACGUUAAAGAACUCUAGAUGGUCAAAAUUUCCAGAGCCCUUCACAACGGCGUCUCUCAGAAUCCUACGGUGGUUUUAGGAUGUUAAACCCCACAGAUCAAUCAAUCUCUAAAAAAUGUAACUUCUGUGGUUACAUGCACGAAAACCGAGAUACAGCCAUGAGGUGCAUCAUAGUGGGGAAUGCCAGAUUAUAAUCACGUAGUGUUCUGUUCACCUACGUCGCAGAUUUUUUUUUAAUGUUGCCUCCAUUGAAAUGGAGUGGCUAUAAUGAGUAGUCAAAAUGACACUCUCAAGCUUAUGAAAAAUCCUUGUAACACUGGCUGUUGCUUAAGCCAACAUUUCGAUGAGUGGACUUGUCUUCAAGGCUGCAUUUUGCAGCUGCUGUGGCUGGGAGUGUCAAAGGAGCUAAUGUUGAAGGCUGCAAUAUUGGUUCCAGCAACACCUCGGGCAUGUUUCAAGAAUAUUUAAUCGCUUGAAUAUUUAUUUAUUUUAAUAUCCUUAAGCUCAUCAGCACAACACCUUAGCUGCUGAGCUACCACAGCAGCUUCACGAAAUUCUGAAAAAAUUAACAUGAUUUGAAAUAGUUUCCAUGUUUGCUAACAUGUAUUCUGCAAUCUACACUGUGUUUCUAACACAUUUGGUAUUUUUGCAACUCUGAACUACUAAAGUGGGAAUAGAGAGUGUCUGACUGUCUUCUACCUUCAUCAUUGACUUAAUGUUGAAUAAGUGAUAUUGCUAGAUGUUUGCUUUACUGUCUAAACAUGCUCCAAAACCCAGUGUCUUAACUAUGCUUGAUAACAUCAGGAAAGAGUAAUUUGGUUUUACAUAUGUGCUAGCCACGUUGCAGAUGCAGAGAUACAAAAGUCACCUUCUAGUGAAAAACAAACUCAACCUAAAAGAGUCGGACUAUACCUAUAGUUUUUUAUUGUACUUCUUGUAGCAGCCUUUGUCCUAUGUGGGGCUACAGGGCUGUUUUGGCACUUUCAUCAUGACUCCUUGCAUGUAAGCUUGCCAAAAAGGUGAACUUGCUGCAGUCAUGACGUGAUAUGUCCCAUAACAUAAGAUGCAAACAUUGCCGUAAAAUGGGAGAAUCACUGAAUUUAGCAAACCUCUACUAAUUAAAAUGGAGGUGAAUUUUGGCCUGCUUUCUUAUGCCUGAGUUGACUCGCAAUCUUUCAUUUUAAUUGUUAAAAUCUUCUGAUUACGUUUUAUGUGCAUUUACAAUACCAUAAUCGAAGUGAAACCCCGACCUUCGUAAUUGAAGUGUGCAUAUUUUCAAGUUUAUAACAAUUCAAGCAAAAAGUAUUCAUUUCAAUAUUUGUUGAUUGUAAGCACUGCAUGAGUGACCAAAAAAGGUUGAAUAUAUGUAAGUGCCAAUGUAACAUAAGCUUCAACGCCUGUGUUCACUACUGCAUUACUUUAGUUGCCAUUAGAAUAAUGGGUCAUUUGUAAAUUCUUCUAAAUCUUAGUAUUGCUUUGUUUUGUAAAUGCCCUGCAGCUUUUUUUUCGUUUCUGGUGAUUGAUAUGUAUACAUAGCAUGUUAGUGUACAAACAUUUCUAUAAAGCCGUAAAGUGUGUCACAUUAGGCUACAACUGAGAAUUCCUUCAGGUUGCGCAGAUAAAUUUGUAUAGUCAUCAUUCCCGUGCCGGAUAAAGUGUCUUUGUUGUCCUGCAUUUGAACCCUGAGAGUUUGAACAUGGCGGCUUGUUUGAAAACAGUAAUCAUGAUCCAAACUGCUUGCUAUUGGUAAUACUUUGCACUCGGUCAUUCCGGGUGACAAACAGUAUGCAUGUUAACUGUUUCAUAGCAUUCUUGGCAGGAAAGGAGUGAGUGGACAAUUAUCAAAAUAAAGGCGAGCAGUAUGGAUACUGAUGGGGACUGUAUAAGCUAUGAAAGAUGAAAAUUCUAAUAAAACAGUGUCAAGGGCUCCGUGUAAUAAUAUUGCUGCUGUUCUCCGUGAGCAAAAAACGCCAAUGAAUGCAUAGAAGGCUUAGAUUUAAGCUAUAUUUCUCAGGAGAACUGCUGUAAUCAAAAGAAAGUAAAUGAGUUGAAAAUUGCGGUAAAUUUGCAUAAAUGUAAACUGCACGACAACUUCGUUGUUCAAGCUUAGUAAAGGUGGUUCUAGCAAGCAAGUGUGCGCUCCAGCACUGUAUGCCCUUGGGAUGAUGUGAUUACUGCUCCUAACUCCUGUCUAAUUUCACAGGAAAGGCUAUUCCCGCCCUCACGGCACAGUUGAGAUGUUGACCGAUAAGCAAAGCAUAGCUAGCAAAUGAGAAGACAAUGCAAGUUGGACUCAAUAACGCAUUCUUGUUGCACUUCAAGAAGCUCGAGCAUCCUCACACUAGAUUUUUAUUUUCUUUUUUUAAGAGUGCCCAGUGCUUGAUUUUUACUUAUGAAUUCUUAGUGUGUAACUCAAAUGAUUAUUGUGACUAGCGUGAACAUGCUUUCAAACACUUUAUGCCUAUAUAAGGAUAUCCUUGCUGAAGGGUUACUUCUGGUGUGCUAACACGCUUUGCUUGUAACUUGGACACUGCAGUAAUUUGCUUCCUCAUUCCCUGAUGAGUGUCGUUGCAUAACUAUAGGAAAUGUUGUUGAUCACGUUAGCAGAUAGAAUCAAGCCCGAGAGGGCUGGAAUGCAGGUUUCUUCAUUGCCCCAACAGAAUAUUGGUGUUCAAUGGAACAAAUGUUCUUGGUGACGUGUAGAGAUAGCUUGGUUGCAGAUGGUGAGAGGGUUCAACCUUUUUUGCUUUCACUCUCGGUAAAAAUGAAGUGAUGAUGUGUUUUGUUGAGAAGUGUAUGUACCGCCUUGCAGUGAAAUGUUAGCUGGGACGUUAUUUGCCGUGCCAGUAUUCAUGCUGGCAGUGACUUGGGAAGGAUGCAAUCCAUUUAAGCAAUGACAAUAUGGGACAGUUGAGAGUGUUGCUUCGGCAUUCUCGUGCUUAUCGGGCAUUGAACUGGACAACUGUGGCGCUAUAGCGUCUCUUAACAUUUGUAAGACAACUUUAUUUCUUCAGCAGUAACUGGCUUUAGACACACGUGUCAAAAAAAAAAAAGAAAAACUGGUUGUUGGCUUGUUCGGGGUGGCUAUAAGAGAGGUAGAGUUUCUCAUUUCUCUCCACGUGGUGUGCAUUUUUUGCUGAACUUUUGACAGCACACUAUCACAUGUGCAUGUUUACUGGUGAAUUGAGCAAACAAGCAUGCUAAAUUGAUAAAGAAGGAUGUGCAUGUAGUGAACACAGAUAUACCAUUUUCGGAAAGAGUAGCUGUGCUGUUGGGCUUCCUGUUCUCACAGCUUUCCAUUUUAGUUCGUUUCAACAGUACUAGAUGUUCAAUGGUCGGGUGUGGGCCUUCUUUUCUUUGCAGUUCCUUAACCGUGUCAAGACAGUAAACAGUCUGUUUUUUGAGCAGUUGUGAAAAUAUUGUAUCAAGUUUUGCUGCCUGUUGGCUCGGAUGUUUUUAUUGUUUUAUCAGGAGCCAUGCCAUGCUGCUUGUGUGCACGCUUAAUGCAGAAUACGCAUGCCAUGCCACUCCUGCUCCACCGGCACAAGCUGCGAUUUCUUUUUACAUUUUGAAACUUGAGUCUAGUCACAUGACAAUGAGAGCUUCAUUUUGCUGUCUGUGUGAUCUCAAUAAAGACCACUACAUGCUGCAA